AUGUCGACCUUCCUGGAGAACGCCUACAGCUUGGUCCACCAGGACAAUGCCGCCGACGUGCCCUCCAUGUCCGAGCUGCGCACCCAGCUCGAGAAGGGCACCGACGAGAGCAAGGUCGAGACCAUGAAGCGCAUCCUGACCAUCAUGCUCAACGGCGACUCCAUGCCCCAGCUGCUCAUGCACAUCAUCCGCUUCGUCAUGCCCUCCAAGUACAAGCCCCUGAAGAAGCUGCUGUACUUCUACUACGAGAUCUGCCCCAAGCUCGACGCCCAGGGCAAGCUCAAGCAGGAGAUGAUCCUCGUCUGCAACGGCAUCAGGAACGACCUGCAGCACCCUAACGAGUACAUCCGCGGCAACACCCUGCGCUUCCUGUGCAAGCUGCGCGAGCCCGAGCUCAUCGAGCCCCUGCUGUCCUCGGCCCGCUCCUGCCUCGAGCACCGCCACGCCUACGUCCGCAAGAACGCCGUCUUCGCCGUCGCCUCCAUCUUCGUCCACUCGCCCUCCCUGAUCCCCGACGCCUCCGACCUCAUCGCCGCCUUCCUCGAGGGCGAGAGCGACGCCACCUGCAAGCGCAACGCCUUUGCCGCCCUGUCCAGUAUCGACCACGACAAGGCCCUGGCCUACCUGAGCGGCGUCUUUGACGGCAUCCCCAACGCCGAGGAGCUGCUCCAGCUGGUCGAGCUCGAGUUCAUCCGCAAGGAUGCCUUCCAGAACUCCCAGAACAAGGCCCGCUAUCUGCGCCUCAUCUUUGACUUGCUCGAGGCCAACACGUCCACCGUCGUCUACGAGGCCGCCUCUUCGCUCACGGCCCUGACCAGCAACCCCGUCGCCGUCAAGGCCGCUGCGGCCAAGUUCAUCGAGCUGAGCAUCAAGGAGGCCGACAACAAUGUCAAGCUCAUCGUGCUCGACCGCGUCGAGCAGCUGCGAAACAAGAACGAGGGUGUCCUCGAGGACCUCAUCAUGGAGAUCCUGCGUGUUCUGUCCAGCCCCGAUAUCGACGUCAGAAGGAAGGCCUUGGCCAUCGCCCUCGAGAUGGUCUCGAGCAAGAACGUCGAGGAGGUCGUGCUGCUGCUGAAGAAGGAGCUCUCCAAGACUGUCGAUCAGGAGUACGAGAAGAACGCCGAGUACCGACAGCUGCUCAUCCAGUCGAUCCACCAGUGCGCCAUCAAGUUCUCCGAGGUCGCCCCCAGCGCCGUCGAGCUCCUGAUGGAUUUCAUCUCCGACUUUAGCAACACCACUGCCGUCGAUGUCAUCAACUUUGUGAAGGAGGUCGUCGAGAAGUUCCCUAAGCUGCGCCAGUCCAUUAUUGCGCGCCUGGUGGCCACCCUGAGCGAGGUGCGCGCCGGCAAGGUCUACCGAGGUAUUGUGUGGAUCAUCGGUGAAUACUCCCUCGAGGAGGGCGAUAUCCGGGAUGCCUGGAAGGGUAUCCGUGCCAGCCUUGGCGAGAUUCCCAUCCUGGCCUCGGAACAACGACUGCUGGAUGCCGGCGACGAGGAGAAGGAGGAGGAGCAGGUCAAUGGCCACUCCAAGCCUGCACAGCCCUCCGGCUCGAGACGAGUACUGGCAGAUGGAACGUACGCCACCGAGACUGCGCUCACAAGCUCUGCAGCGGCUGCGGCCAAGCUGGAGGCUGUCAAGGCGGCCCAGAAGCCUCCUUUGCGACAGCUCAUCCUCGAUGGCGACUACUACCUGGCCACUGUUCUGUCGGCCACCCUCACCAAGCUCGUCAUGCGCCACUCCGAGAUAUCAAAGGACGUGGCCCGCACCAACGCCCUGAAGGCCGAGGCCAUGUUGAUCAUGAUCUCGAUCAUCCGUGUCGGCCAGUCACAGUUCGUCAAGGCCCCCAUCGAUGAGGACUCGGUCGACCGUGUCAUGUCUUGUGUAAGAUCUCUCGCCGAGUUCUCGCAGAAGAAGGAGCUCGAGACCGUGUAUCUUGAGGAUACCCGCAAGGCCUUCCGCGCCAUGGUGCAGGUAGAGGAGAAGAAGCGUGCUGCCAAGGAGGCCUUCGAGAAGGCAAAGGCUGCUAUCCAGGUAGAUGAUGCCGUGCAGAUCCGCCAGCUGUCCAAGAAGGCGGUGGGUGACGGUGCCGAUGAGAUUGAGCUGGACCUCGAGAAGGCCACAGGAGGUGACGCCCCGGCAGAGGAUCUCUCUUCCAAGCUUAGCCGCGUUGUGCAGCUUACCGGUUUCUCGGAUCCGGUCUACGCUGAGGCAUAUGUCAAGGUGCACCAGUUUGAUAUCGUUCUUGAUGUCCUCCUCGUCAACCAGACUACCGAGACCUUACAAAACCUCUCGGUGGAGUUCGCGACAUUGGGUGACCUCAAGGUCGUGGAACGACCGACGACACAGAACCUGGGCCCCCACGAUUUCCACAACGUUCAGUGCACCAUCAAGGUCUCGUCAACAGAUACCGGUGUGAUCUUUGGCAAUGUCGUCUACGAUGGUGCCCACAGCACGGAUACCAACGUUGUUAUUCUGAACGACCUGCAUGUCGACAUUAUGGACUACAUCCAGCCGGCAACUUGCACAGAGACACAGUUCCGCACCAUGUGGACCGAGUUCGAGUGGGAAAACAAGGUCAACAUUAACUCCAAGGCCAAGACCCUCCGCGAGUUCCUAGACGAGCUGAUGAAGUGCACCAACAUGAACUGCCUCACUCCCGAAGCCAGCUUGAAGGGUGACUGUCAAUUCCUGAGCGCCAACCUUUAUGCCAGAAGUGUAUUCGGCGAGGAUGCUUUGGCCAACCUGAGCAUUGAGAAGGAGGGAGAUGACGGCCCCAUCACCGGUUUCGUCAGGAUAAGAUCCAGAUCGCAGGGCCUGGCCUUGAGCUUAGGCAGUCUAAAGGGGCUGAACAAGAUUGGGUCUACGGCCUAG